CCGUUUUGCACUUUCUUUUCUGCCUCGGGUCUAUUCCCAAGAUGGCCCAGAACGGAGAGCACCGGAGCUCACAACCCAGCUCCUCCAAGCAGGAGGAGGUAGAAGCUGAAGAAGAUAACCCCCAAAGGCCAUUGAGAAUGGAGCGCGAGGACAGCUCGUUCUUCGACGAGAUGGAGCCAGAGCAAAAAGCCGAAUUACAUCGCUUAGCUUCGAAUUUCCCCCGGCGCCAGAGCACACUCGACACGACCGUUGGAGGAACAAUCGAACGAAAAGACACACUCGAAGGGCUGGAGAUUGGCGACCCGGUCCUUGAUCCUACCAGUGAUCAAUUUGAUCAUUACAAAUGGGUUCGAAUGGUGCUGAAAAUGUUGGACCGAGAGGGCAUUCCCCGUCCCCCUUCGACUGGUGUCGUCUUUCAGCAUCUUAAUGUGUCGGGUUCGGGUUCGGCUUUACAGUACCAGAACAACGUGUCCUCGAUCCUGCUGGCCCCGUUCAGACCACAGGAAUACUUGCCUUGUGUGCAACGCGCCCCGGAAAAGCAUAUCUUGCGUGACUUUGAUGGGCUUCUCAGGAGUGGGGAGCUGUUGAUCGUGCUGGGACGUCCUGGCAGUGGCUGUUCCACCUUUCUCAAGUCGAUAUGCGGGGAACUACAUGGUCUGAAGCUCCGGAAGAGCUCUGAGAUCCAGUUCAAUGGAAUAUCGAUGGAGAAGAUGCAUAGGGAGUUCAAGGGGGAGGUGCUCUACAACCAGGAGGUGGAUAAGCAUUUCCCGCAUCUGACGGUUGGUCAAACGCUGGAAUUCGCUGCUGCUGCGAGGGCCCCGGAGAUUCGGUUGCAAGGUAUCAGUCGACAACAGUAUGCCAAGUAUAUUACCCAGGUGGUGAUGACCAUUUUUGGUCUGUCGCAUACGUAUAACACAAAGGUCGGUGAUGACUACAUCAGAGGUGUUUCAGGUGGUGAACGAAAGCGAGUCAGUCUUGCGGAAAUGGCGGUCUCCGGGGCGCCUGUUGGCGCAUGGGAUAACAGCACCAGAGGCCUUGACUCUGCGAGUGCGUUGGAAUUUGUUAAAGCCCUACGAGUCUCAUCAAACCUAGGUGGUACCUGCCAUGCAGUCGCUAUCUACCAGGCAUCACAGGCCAUCUACGACGUUUUUGACAAGGCAAUUGUCCUGUAUGAAGGACGGGAGAUCUACUUUGGGCCGUGCAGUGAGGCCAAAGAAUAUUUCGUCAACAUGGGCUGGUACUGUCCUCCUCGCCAGACCACUGGUGACUUCUUGACUUCGGUUACCAAUCCUCAAGAGCGUCAACCGCGUGAAGGAAUGGAGAGCAGGGUUCCUCGGACUCCGGAUGAGUUUGAGAAAUAUUGGAAGACCAGUCCUCAGUACACCAGGCUUCAACAAGAAAUCGAACAACACCUGAAAGAGUUUCCUUUAGGUGGAAAGCACGAGCAGACGUUUGGUGAAAUGAAGCGACUGAAACAAGCGAAUCAUGUCUGGCAGAAGAGUCCAUACAUCAUUUCAAUUCCAAUGCAGGUUAAGCUCUGCACCAUUCGGGCGUAUCAAAGGAUCUGGAACGAUAAACCUUCUACGCUGACGAACGUCAUCGGGCGAAUUGCAAUGUCCCUCAUUAUAGGUUCGAUGUAUUAUGGAACACCGAAUGCCACGGCGGGCUUCCAAAGUAAAGGGGCCGCGCUUUUCUUCGCCGUGCUGAUGAACGCUCUCAUUAGCAUUACAGAGAUUAACUCCCUCUAUGAUCAACGUCCAAUCAUUGAGAAGCAAGCGUCAUACGCCUUUGUCCAUCCUUUCACUGAAGCCUUCGGUGGUAUUGUGUCUGAUAUUCCCGUCAAAUUCGUCUCUGCUGUGGUAUUCAAUAUCAUCUUCUAUUUCCUAGCUGGUUUGCGAUAUGAACCAUCCCAGUUCUUCAUAUUCUUCUUGUUUACGUUCCUGAGCACACUGGCAAUGUCUGGCAUCUUUCGGACCCUUGCAGCUUCAACAAAAACUCUUGCACAAGCAAUGGCCAUGGCUGGAGUCAUAGUGUUGGCUAUCGUCAUCUACACGGGCUUUGUGAUUCCUACGCCUCAGAUGUCCGCCAUCCCGUGGUUUAGCUGGAUACGGUGGAUAAACCCCGUCUAUUAUACGUUCGAGGCUUUGAUCGCCAAUGAAUUCCACGGCCGGCGCUUUACGUGUUCACAGUUCAUACCAGCAUAUCCGACCUUGAGUGGAGACUCCUUCAUCUGUUCUGUCCGAGGCAGUGUGGCUGGAGAAAGGACCGUGUCUGGAGAUGCUUAUAUCCAAACACAAUACAGCUACACUUAUGCACACGAGUGGCGGAAUCUGGGCAUUCUUAUAGGGUUCUGGAUAUUUUUCACGGCUCUCUACCUGAUUGCAACUGAAGUCAACUCUGCGACGUCGUCCAAAGCCGAGUUUCUUGUCUUUCGGCGAGGCCAUGUACCUCCGCAAAUGCGCAACCUCGACAAACAGCCCGGAGGAGACGCCGGUACCACUGAUGUCGCUUUAGCUCAUAGAGCUGCUGAGGCAGAAAAGGACACAUCUGCUCUUCCCAAACAGAGUAGUAUUUUCACAUGGCAGAACGUUUGCUAUGAUAUACCGGUCAAGGGAGGUCAACGGCGUCUCUUGGAUAACGUCUCCGGCUGGGUCAAGCCUGGAACACUCACAGCGCUGAUGGGCGUCUCAGGCGCCGGGAAAACCACCUUGCUCGAUGUGCUAGCCAAACGCGUGUCGAUAGGUGUCGUUACCGGUGAUAUGCUGGUGGAUGGAAAGCCACUUGACAGCAGCUUCCAGAGGAAGACUGGAUAUGUGCAGCAGCAGGACCUUCACCUUUCCACAACAACUGUCAGAGAAGCCUUACGCUUUAGUGCGCUUCUGCGCCAGCCGAAGUCGGUCUCUACGAAAAAGAAGCACGAGUAUGUUGAGGAAGUUAUCGAAAUGCUUAACAUGCAGGACUUUGCCAGUGCUAUUGUUGGAACACCAGGGGAAGGGCUAAAUGUUGAACAGAGGAAACUACUGACAAUUGGUGUCGAGCUUGCUGCAAAGCCUGCAUUACUUAUCUUUCUUGACGAGCCGACAAGUGGCUUAGAUUCACAGAGUUCUUGGGCUAUUUGCUCGUUCCUCCGAAAACUGGCAGAUCAUGGCCAAGCCGUGCUGUCGACAAUUCACCAACCCAGCGCGCUCUUGUUUCAGCAGUUCGAUCGCCUCCUCUUUCUAGCAAAAGGAGGACGAACAGUUUACUUUGGUGAUAUUGGUGACCAGUCGCGCACCUUACUGGACUAUUUUCAAGCAAACGGGGCAAGGCCUUGUGGGCCAUCAGAAAAUCCUGCGGAAUAUAUGCUCGAGAUCAUUGGAGCUGGUGCUUCUGGAAGGGCUACAAAAGACUGGCCAGCUGUCUGGAACGAUAGUCAACAGGCCAGAGAUAUUCAGACGGCGAUUGCCAACAUCCAUCAGGAAAGGGCUUCAGUCCCGGAGAGUAGCGACGAUAACACACAGCAGGGAGAAUAUGCCAUGCCCUUCCCCAGUCAGUUGUGGCACGUAACCCAUCGUGUCUUCCAGCAGUAUUGGCGCGAACCCUCUUACGUGUGGGCGAAGCUGAUUCUAGCUACGGCUUCCUCUUUGUUCAUCGGCUUCACAUUUUUCAAACCAGACAGCAACUUGCAGGGGUUCCAGGAUGUUCUGUUCAGCGCCUUCAUGCUCUGUUCGAUUUUCUCGACCCUAGUGCAGCAGAUCAUGCCAAAGUUUGUGGUUCAGCGGUCACUCUAUGAAGUUCGAGAACGGCCAUCGAAAGCCUACUCAUGGGCAGCAUUUCUCAUCGCCAAUGUUCUUGUGGAGAUACCGUACCAGGUUCUCGCCGGAAUCAUUGCUUACGCGUGUUACUAUUACCCUACUUACGGAGCCAAUCAAGCCUCCCAUCGACAAGGGCUCAUGUUACUCUUUGUCGUACAGUUCUACGUGUUCACCUCAACAUUUGCCGCUUUGAUAAUUUCCGCACUGCCCGAUGCCGAAACAGGAGGUUCCAUCGCAACCCUCAUGUUCAUCAUGGCUCUGACGUUCAACGGUGUCAUGCAACCACCCCAAGCCCUGCCAGGCUUCUGGAUAUUCAUGUACCGGGUCUCCCCCCUGACGUACCUGAUCGCCGGCAUCACAGCGACCGGGUUACACGGACGGGGGAUUCAGUGUUCCAGGGAGGAGAUGAGUGUGUUCAAUCCCCCGUCUGGUCAGACCUGUGGGCAAUAUAUGUCGCAGUAUUUGCAAGUUGCUGCGGGACAACUGUAUAACCCAACAGCGACCCAGGGAUGCCAAUACUGUCAACUCCAGAAUGCCGACCAAUAUCUCGCAUCGAGCGAAAUUUACUACAGCCAACGCUGGCGUAACUUCGGAAUCGGAUGGGCGUACGUGGGGUUCAACAUCCUGGGCACCGUCGCCCUGUACUACAUGUUCCGGGUCAAGCACUACAACCCCACUAGCCUGGUGAGGGGCGUAGUGCAAGGUGCCAGGGUGGUCUGCCGGGUGUUCAAGAGACGAUCCGGACAGACGCCCAAGGGCAGAGAAGCCGAGAACGGCAGAUUGUAUUAG